AUGACUUGUUUCGGAUUUCGAGCCAGCGUGCCAUGUUUUAUUGACAUUAUUUUUUGCGCGCAACAUGACUCUCGCGCGCGUUCAUUUGUGACGUUUACUCGCUAAAGUUCAAAUGUUGAAACGUGCGAAUAAAGCUCCAAGCGAGCAGGAGACGGGAUGCACUUAUGCUGCGCCAGAGCACUACUGUCGUUGUUGCUUUCUACAUCAUCUUGUUUAGCUCGACGUUCAUCACAAACAAGUAUGUACUCACCGUAGAAAGGUUCGCCUAUCCUGCUAUUUUUCAGUGCUGGCAGGUCCUGGUGGCUGCUGUUGGCUUUGUUAUAGCCGCUAGCUGUUGCAAGUGGAAAUGGCACAUGCAGUGUCUGAUACUGACUCUUCAGUACAUUUGGAAAACUGUGCCUUUUUAUACACUGAGCAUAUAUGCUGGGUCUCGGGCCCUCACAAUUCUUCCUCUUUCAAUAUUUCUGGGCAUCCACAACUCUUUGCUACUUGUCCAUUGUGGGUUGGAUCUUGACUUUGGGAAACAGAGUAUUUUCUUCAGUACCAACCCGAAAGACUUGGUAGCAUUUACUUCUGUGGCUGUGAGCAGCAUAAUGCUUGUUACCACCGUCCCAAGAGGCUUUGGCAGUGCAAUGUGGUGGAUGUUGCUUCAUAUCUGUUGUGCAGGUGUUAUCCUUUCCACUGAAAAGUCUUCGACUGUCUGCAUUAAAACUGAUGCAUUCAACAGACAGCUCGUAUACGCGACAACAAGUUUUAUUUUACUGUUGCCUGCAAGCUACUUCUUGGGUGAUUUUCAUGCAGUCUUCCUAUACCCCUAUCUUACUUCUCCUGGGUUUUGUUGGUCAUUUGUUACAAGUGCUAUUUUGGGAUGUUUGCUGCUAAUGCUCUACCCUACUAUUUCAUCAUUAGAAGUUGUCAACUUGAAUCAUGUUGGCCUAGCUAAGGUUACUGUGUCAGCUAUCUCUCUACUGUCAUUUGGAGUACCUGCGGUGCCGCAAGAUUACCUUUUCUGGACAGUACUGUCACUUCUCGCUGGCAUGUUUGUCCCAAAAGUCAUGACUUCAGAUGCUGACAGAUGUGUCCUCUCCAACAUUCGGCAGUCGAUGCAGCAUGUCUGAUUGGCCUGUCCAUGCGUUCUUACCUGCAUAUUUAUAUUGCGCUCAGUACUUAGCCGAAAAAUUUCUCUUGCCUAGUUAAGGGCACAUUGAAUUCCUUGGCUAUGAGCUUAUGAAUUUUAUACAUAAUGUGCAUAAUCGAGCAGAAUAUUUUAAAGACUAAUAAUUUGAUGGAAAUGGUUAAAGUUAUUGUCAUAAUUAACCAAAUUAGCUCAUUUGUAAGCUCUGAGGUGUUAUGGUUUCUUAACAAAAGGUUUUAAAUGGAGAUUUUACAUGUUUUAGAGAACAGAUUUUAUGAUUGUUCUUUUAUUUUGUCAAUGUUUUUAUUCACCUGCCAUUGGCUUGCAAGCUUCUGAGCUACUGCUGUCAGUGGAAUCAGCCACUCAGUGCGACAUAUGAUGAGAACAGAAUUAAGGAAAAAUAAUUGUUAGAAAUACAGCCAUAAGCUAGGUCUCUGUUGCUGUAUUACAUAUUAGACAAAGCUAUCCAAUAGCAAUAUGUUCUGUCUGAGUGGCAUUUUGUUAGAUUGUGUGAGGUACUAACAAACAGUUUCAAGACUGACUCUGCUUUGAGUUAAUUAAAUUAUUUAUGUGCAUUCCAACGCUAGCAUUCUUCAAAAUAGUCCUACUGCACAGCGACACAGUGCACCCGUCAUUCCUGCCACGCUGGGAAUAUGUUCUGGAAAUCUUUCCAGAGUGAGCCUGGCACAAUCUGCAGUUCAAGUAUGACUACAGCAAUCUUGUCCAAAUGUCUACCUUUCAGCAAGGUUUUCAAUUUUGAAAAAAGCAAAUUGAGCAGGAGCCAAAUCUGACAAGUAGGUUAAAUGUGGAAGAGAAACCAUGUUGCUUUUGGGAAAGAAAUUAGCUCACGCAGAGUUUUGUGCGGAGUUCUCUGUGAUAGGAUGCAUAGUUGUUGCGCAGUAUCCAGCUCCUUGUGUGCCCCAGAUCAAUUCAUUUUUGUUAGACUUCCUCCCUUAGAUGCUCUAAGCCUUUGGAAGUUAUGCUCACUUUCUAUGGUAUGGCCAUUUGAGACAAAUUCCCAAUACAAAAUGUCGUGGAUAUCUAGAAAUAGGAGCAGGCACUUUGUUGAGCUAAGGACUUGUUUAGCCCCUUUCCAGUUGUGAAGAUGGGCUUUUUCACGGUGAUUACAUUCAUCUUGUGGUCAGACUCAUACGCUUCAGCUUUAUCCCUAGUCAUGGUCCUUUACGUGAGAGACGGGUAGUUCACGAAGCUUUAUUCCAGCUUAAUCCUGCUUUCUUGUCAAAAUAAAACCAAGCUCAGUGGUCACAUUUUUACAUGAUUGCCAGAUCAAGCUCGAAUCGCAGGUGAUGCUUGACUUGGUCAGAAUGGAGACUUACCAGACAUAUCAUUCCCAAAGUGGCAGGUAUGCUGGGAGCUCUGGAUUCCUUUGGAAAGGGACUAUUUCAAAAGCAACAGUGUUUGAAUGCAUGUUCAUAAAUUGCCUUCUUCAAAACAGAGUCAAUUACAAAACUCUUUUAUACACCUUGUUUUUCGAGCAGCUCAAUUGUGAUAUUGAGUGGACAGUCGUCGUUGUUUCAUGUUAGAGAUAUUGUAUAAAAUUAACAUCAAGCAAGGGCACCAAAUAGAUGUCUUGCUUUGUUGGUUUCUUAAAGGGACACUAAAGAGAAACAUUGAAACUAAUCUGGCACCUUAGAUUUCUACAACUGCUAACUCACCAGGCAUCACCAUACAAGCGUUAUCCAGGGUUUGACAAAACAUUACUUGUCGAAGGCAUAUAUUUUCUUGAAGAUAAACAUACGCAAGAGAGAACCAAAAAAAAAGUGUCUGCUUGCAUUCAUGGGAAAAAAGCCUUCGUGUGUGUGGUGACAAGGCACUUUGCGUUAUCUAAAAAAGGGAAAUGAAACAUACAUGUUAUGAUGAGCAUUAUUGGUAAGGCAGUAAGGAUGCAAAAGGUGAUGACUACUUGUGAUACUAUAUUGAAAUUUUUGCACCAUCACCCAGUUACAUCAUCGAUUUUUACCAGUGUUUUCUCUGAGCAUGCUUUUUCAGUAAAACUUUCCGUUGCAUUUUAAUGUGUGCUGGGGCUCAGUAGCUAAUAUUCUACUCAGUAAGAUUUGAAUUGUUGCUUAAGAUGGGAUGAGCAGUAAUUUUAGGGACAGUGCAGUAUGUUAUAGUUUGCAUGGCGCAUUACUAGCAGGGUUAGGUGCCUUUGUGUGCACACUUUUGAAAGACCCCUCUCCAUGUUUGAACAUCACAAACAAAUGACAAUGGCAAGCAGAUUAGGUGGCACGUGACCAUGUCUGCAAAGUGCUAAAUGGCUCCUUGGUGCUGAAACAGGCGAAAUUUUAUAUAGAAAAGUGCAUGCGCUUCUCAGUAAAGUUGUGCUUUAAAAAAAAAGGAGUCAAAGUAUGUGCUGCUAAGAACGUCAUGACCAUGGCACAUGACUUUGGUUCAUCAGUCUGUGUAGAGCAUGCAACACUGCAUCUGGAAAUGUGCCGCAAAGCAAGAUUGAAAGAGGAGAAGCUAGGAGGGAGGGGCUUAUCACGGAACAUGAUGUGCUCCCUCGACUUUAGCUCAUGGGCGACUGUAGGGAUGGGACGCCACUUAUGGAUGCUAUCAGAGACGAAAGGGGAGAGUGUCUCUUGGCAGUGGCUCUCACUUCCAUGGGGCGUGCUUACAGUACAAUUCAAUUUCUUCUAACUUCUCCAGUAAUGAACCAAUCUAUAAAGUACUUUCAGCAAAACGCUUCCUGUAUCGCGCAUUACAAGUUCGUAUAUGUAACCAAAAUUUGUGAAUUGGCUUGGUGAGGGGUUCUUUAACGACUAUAGAAACCGAAGGUUAUUCAAAUAUGUAAGUAUUGUUGGCUCCUUUUGUGUGAGCUUGCAAAAACGCGACACUGGAGCUUUGCAGAUUUCAGUUAUCCUUGGUUGAAUUCCCUUUGGAAGUGUGAUGCAUGGGACAGAAGUAUUGCUUACUAAGAUUAGUGAUUAAAUUCGCAGUUUAUUAAUUUAGGACAGGAUGCAGGUUACAGUUGCAAGCAUGCUUUAUUGAAAGCAUGACAUCAGCAACACAUUCAAGACGUUUUACCAUGAACUGUCGUAAAGUAGUGUUUCACUUCUGUUGUCUCAAAUUAUUUCUUGUGAAACUAUUAAUUGGGAUAUCAGUGCAGCAACACCAUCCCUCAGUCUCCAUAGAUUUGUGUGUGGGAAUGUUGAGACUUCUGCUAGUCUCAGGACUUUGUUUAAAGGGACACUAAAGGCAAAUAAAAAUUUGUCAGAGUGAAAGGUCAAUGUUUGAGAACGAGAACGUCUGAAACACCAAUAUUAUCAAUAACAGUGCUCCAGUAAUCGAGAAAUUAAGGUAAAUGUAAGAGACUAUAUGCGCCACCCGUGGGACGUUUUGGAACGAGCCCGAUGACGUCAAGAGUCCAGAGUACAAAUUAUCACUGGUAUUCAAUCUACUUAUGAUAAAAAAAGAACACUCCGAGCAUUGCAAACAUAAUAAAAUGCUGCUUGUGUGUUUAUGUUUGGUUCAUGAAAAAAAGAACUUGACGUUAUAGUGGAGUACGGCGUGGUUUGUGCGAAAGUUCCGUUUUUACAGGGCUGUGCUCCACACAUGUGGUUGCGCCUCAGUGGUGGUUUCGUUAUCGCAUACUGCUGCAUGUGCCUUGCACGCUCAUGAAAGUCGCUCUAACGGAAACUUCAACAAAUGCUGUGUCGAUGUGAUGUUGUGUAAUGUGCCCUCAGAGCAGAAACCAUAACAUCGGUUGCCAGGCAGUAAAGUUGGGCAAGGCAAAUGCCAUGUCAGGAGGCCUUUUCAGGCAUGCGAUUUGAAGUGCGUUAACGCUGUGUGUACCAUUAAAAUGUGGUUUUCGUUCAAAAUAAGCAUUUCCUUCGCACGAAACAAGCAUUACAAGGUUUCUGGAAUGCUAUUUCAACAAUCAACAUCGACUUAACAUUUGCCUUUAGUGGCCCUUUAAGUGAACACACAUGCUUUGAUCACUGGCCAGCUUCACCUUGUCGCUUUGCUUUUCAACUUUGAAGCCUGUGGCAUAGUAUUGCGAGAUCUGUGAUUUCACACAGGCAUGACGGCACUAUCACUUCGAUAUGAAAUUGUGAAAGCAAGUUUGGUCAGUGUGCUAAUAUUCACAUGAUUUCCGACAAAGAAUUGGAAAUGGAGUUUACAAACAGUCUGCCAGUUUAUCUUCAUCAAAUGUUUCUCUUUUGUGUCACUCUGUGUCAGAAAAUUUUGCUUAGUGCUUUCAAGGGAGGUCUUUCUUUUGCUGUCAUUACCUAUUCAAACCUUUCGUCACCGCUUUUGUGCUACUGCUUAUACUGCUUGCUUGAAGAAGGGUCUCUCAAUGUAGCAAUUUUGGGUUGCAGUUUCAGAUCUGUGCUAAUAUUGGUGCUGUUAAAGAGGUGUCCUUGAGGAAGUAUUAGGUUGGCUUUUGGAGUCACUUCAAUAUGUGCGUUCAAAGGUUAGGAAAUGCCAGUGACUUUUCAGCUUUCCUGUUGUUUCGAGCCAUGUAACACCUUUAGGAAGCUUUUAAGGACAUCAGGACUUAUUAUUUCUUUUAUUGAAAGAUCCCUUGCUAGAUUUGGCCAUUGAAAACAGACAAGAGAUGGCACGUAGCUGCAUUCUUUCUCUUGUUUAUUUUUUUUUUAAUUGAAUGGAGAAUAUAAUGGGAUUUGGCCUAUUCAGGUGGAUAGAUGAAGGGGUGGACAUUACUUGCAUGAAACACUGCAAUCCCCGCAUAGCUAACAAGAAAGGCGAAAGAAAAUGUAUUCGUACUGAACUUAUGUUUUGUGGAAGUGUGUUACAAUUCACAAAUCUCGCUUUCGUAUCACAUAAGGUGGUUAAAACUUCCUUGCAAUGCACUUUUGUAGUUACCCUAAAGUUGGUGCAUGCUUGGACUUGCAUAAUCAAGAGAGGCUUGCAGAUAUAAAUGUCAUAUUUUUAAUUUUCUAUGUGUUCUUCAGAGGAACUGCUGUGAACAUAUACACUUAAAUAGGGAAGAGUUCUGUUGUACCUCAAAAGCAGGGGAUUUUAAGACAUAGGCUGACAAUUCAUUAAAGUUAAUUUUUGCCUUGAAGAAAUUUCACCAUCACGGAGCACUCCUUGUGCUUACAAGUAUUGCUAGUGUCCAUGAAAAUUGUUCAUAAAGCCCCCACCCCCCUUUUUCUUUUGUUCUCCCUUACAAAUGACUCUUAUUUGUUUUGAGAGAUCAUAUCUCAUAAAUAUGCACAGCAUGUGUAAAUUUUCUGUUCAUUUAAUUGUGCAUGCCACUGCAGCUUUUAGCAAGACAGAUUGACUGCUGCCAUCCAUGGAUUAUGCUGUUAUUUUUGUGGAAACAGCUGUAUCCCUUGGGUUUGUUUUAAAUAUUAGAGCUCCCUUUUAUGACUCUGUAUAUACUUCUCCGUAUUUUAUAAAAGAUGCGACAAUUUACGUCGCUGAGUAACAAGAACUGGAUGAAGGUGCCCUUUAGUUGUAAUUCCAAGUUCUGGACUAGCUAAUUAUCAUACUUUAUCUCAUAUUGAGGUGUUUACAUGCCACGUGGGACAAAGGCAUCUUGCCAAGUCAUGCUCCCGUAUUCUGUAUUGUAACUCGCUCAAAUCGUUUUCUUUUGUAUACAUAUACACCUACAGUCUUCUGAAGCAUUUUAGGAGACACUAUGCAUUGAGGCUGCUAACAUGUGAAGUUGCACCCUGUGUAUGUACAGUUUGAAUCUAGAAUUUAAGUCUGUCUUUAACUUGAUCAGUGUGCCAAUAUUUUUGUUAUAAAUGAUGCAAAAGAACAAGUGGUUUUGGAAGUGUAUCUUUGAAGCUCUAACACAAUUUCUUUAUUGCAGUUUUGUUAUUGCUGUUUUGUCAGGCUUCUGUGCUAUAUUGUGUUCAGAUGUCCUGUUGCUGUUGAUCAGGAAGCUUUUUGGUGCAUGUUCAUCUGUUGCAGUUUUCUUACAUGUAAAUGUUGGAUAUUUUCAAGGCUUUUGGUGCCUUUUUUUUUUUUUGCUGGUUAUCUAGCUAUUCCAUGUUUACAGGCUUUAAAGCAUUCUACAUAAUCUUCCUUCAUUUGUAAUGUUACAGUUCAAAUAAUUUGUGUCGCUAAGGCCUAAUGUGAUAAGCUCAAAAGAAGUUGUCAUAUCUGCUGCAUUGCCAAGGUACUUUUUCAAUGCUUAGGGACCAGGGGAAGCCUUUCUAUUCCCAUUUUCAUGCACUGGGUUUUUUGGUGCCUUUGGGAGCUUGUGAUCAUAUUGUGAAAUAUGAGUACCCUGGCUAACAUGCUUUAUGAAGCUGGUGUACAGCUCGUGCCAUUUUUGUUAUUGAGAACUCUUUGUACCCUUGUGUUACAAAUAAAUGUGUUCAGUUUU